CAACGCAAAUGAUGAUGGAACUGAUAUAAACAAUAGUAUUAUAACUAUUGUAAAUGAUAGUGCCAGAACAUCUGAAAUUGAUCAUUCAGAGCAUCCUCUAAUAACUAAAAUAUCAUCACAGAUUACUCUAGUAGAAACUGAUACCGAAAUUACAGAAUAA